AUGUCUGUUAUCAAGGUUUUGAUACCUAUGUCAGAUUACGGCCAUGAUCCGACAGAAACUGCUGUAGCUUUUGCGGCUUUCAAGGAAGCUAGAUUCGAGGUGCAAUUUGCCACUGAGAAUGGCAAUACGCCGGCCUGCGACAAGAAGCUGCUCGAAGGGUUCACACAAAAGCUACUUGGCGCUAGUAAACCUACCCUAGAAGCCUAUAAGGAUAUGUGUAAUACUUCAGAGUUCAAGAAUCCACUAUCGUGGUCAUCCCCGGAUUUCACUCUAGAGACGUACAACCUGGUUUAUAUCCCUGGAGGACACGACAAGGGUGUUCGUCAGCUCCUUGACUCUGCGAUUAUCCGUACACAUCUAGCAACUUAUUUCCCAAUGACCAGAAAGCCAAGUACUAGGUCUGUAUCAGCCGUGUGCCAUGGCGUCCAGGUGCUAGCAGAGGCCGAAGCAUCAGAUGGGAAGAGUAUUCUUCACAAAUGUACUACUACUUCAUUGCCAACAAAGUUUGAGCAACUCGCAUAUUGGUCAACUAAGGUAUUCAUGGGCGACUAUUACAAGACGUAUGGCUCUGGAAGUGCCAAUGUUGAGGAGGUGGUUCGAAAGCGUCUGGAGAAUCCGGAUAAGCAGUUCAAGAGCAGCCUAAUCCCGAAACCGUUCGUUGUACAGGACGACACGUAUAACUACCUCAGUGCACGAUUUCCAGGGGAUGUCCAGCUUCUAGCAGAAGAAACUAUUGCUUUAGUUCAGUCUACUAUGUCAUGA